AUGGUGCACUUCGAUGUUUAUAACGUUAUUGAUGUGCACCUGCCUUCCUACCCUGUCUGCAUUCUCGGUCUUUCAACAGACUUUAUUGCAUGGUAUCUACAAGUUUCUGCCGCAGUACCGCUUAUUCCAGCAGCCAUCACGAAAACCACUUUGCGGAUAGGCUAUAGCCUUAACCACAUCGGGCGGUACAAAAGCCAGCUUAGCAAUGGAAGGAUAGAAGAUUCGCUAUAUUCUCACAGCACAAACAAAGCUUUGCGCUAUGGCAAACGCUCGCAAGUCCCAUCAGGAUUUGGCACAACGUUUGCUGAACAUCACCAUUACUGGAGCAGUGCCUAUGGCAACAAUACAUGUUACGGGUAUUCCAGUUUUCUAGACGUACGAUGUUGCCCACGGAGUGAAGUAAAUGGCAAAAGGAACGAUCGAAACAACAUCUGCGGAUAUGAUUACUAUAAAAGCAGUUAUACUACUUUAAUUUGA